AUGUUCAGCAAAAUAUUCGCCUUCAGUGCUUUGCUGGCAGCUGCCAAUGCCGGACUUUAUCAUGGGCUCGGUCACGCCAUUUCUUCGCAGAACAUCGUGCGUCAUGAUGGACACUCCUCCCCAGUUUUCUCGCAUGCUUAUUCUCCGUUAGGCUACGCGGGCCAUUAUGAUGGACCCGCCGCUUAUUAUAACGGUCAUGAUUAUUUCGCACACCCUAAAUACGAUUUCGCGUACUCCGUGGCUGACCCUCACACCGGCGAUCACAAGUCGCAAUACGAAAGCCGAAACGGUGACGCUGUACACGGCUCCUACUCUUUAGUGCAGCCUGACGGAUCCGUACGUGAGGUCACGUACACGGCGGACGACCACAGCGGAUUUAACGCUGUAGUUCACAACACGCCCUCCGUUCAUCCCCAAACAGCUUACUACCAUUAU